AUGAGCAAGGCUCUACUUGCUUUCGUUUGGAUUGCUGGUCCUCUGACAGGAACCCUCGUGCAACCUUAUAUUGGCAUCUGCAGUGAUAACUGCCGUAUCUCAUGGGGCAAGCGAAAGCCUUUCAUGGUGGUCGGCGGUGCAGCGAGCGUUGUCUCUUUGCUGGCUUUGGCCUGGGUGCGGGAGCUCACAGAAGGCCUUCUGGGGGUAUUUGAUGUUGCACCAGGCUCCGAUGCAUCUCAGACAUUGGUUAUCGUGCUAGCCACUAUCUUGAUGUAUUGCUUGGACUUCUCUGUAAAUACCGUUCAAGCAGGUAUCCGGUGCUUCAUUGUGGAUAAUGCUCCUUCACACCAGCAGGAAUCUGCGAAUGCGUGGGCCAGUCGCAUGACUGGUCUAGGCAAUAUUCUUGGAUACAUAUUUGGAUACGUGGAUUUGCCCAAGUACUUCCCUUUCUUGGGCAACACACAAUUCAAAGUGCUGUGCGCCUUGGCGUCCCUGUCACUUAUCUGUACAUUGUUGGUCAGUUGUCUGUACAUCAAAGAACGAGACCCGCGACUAGAAGGACCUCCUGCCGCAGGAAAUCCGGGGUUGGUCGCUUUUUUCAAGCAGGUGUUCAAGUCAAUCCGGUAUUUACCGUCGGAGAUCGCCAAGGUAUGCGAGGUCCAGCUGGCUGCGUGGAUUGGUUGGUUUCCUUUCCUGUUCUAUUCGACCACAUACAUUGGUCAGCUAUUUGUCAAUCCGAUCUUUGAAGCACACCCAGGCUUGUCGGAGGAUGACAUCAACAAGGCAUGGGAAGAAGCCACGCGAAUCGGGACUUUUGCGCUCCUUGUCUAUGCCAUCAUUUCUUUCGUGGCUAAUCUGACGCUGCCGAUGCUCGUUGUGCCUACGUACAAGCCGGUAAUCGUCGACGAGUCCGAAGUGUCCGAUGACCAAACCGAGGAGGAGCCUUUUCUGGGUGGCCGAAGGCGAUCAUCCUCAAUAGAAACUGCAUUGGAGGCCCCUACCGGUAUCGCUCCUGCAUGCAAAAGUGGAUAUGGAGAAGAGGGCGGGUGGCUUUCCAAAUUCCAGAUCCCGGGGUUCACCCUUCGCCGCGCUUGGUUGAUGUCACAUGUCAACUUCGCCAUAUGUAUGUUCAGUACGUUCUUCAUCUCGUCAUACCAGGCCGCUACAGUUGUCGUCGGACUUGUUGGCAUCUCAUGGGCAUUAACGCUAUGGGCACCUUUUGCCCUAAUUUCUGCGGAGGUGUCGCGCAUUGAUACCGAGCGCCGGCUUCGACGCCAGCGGGCUGACGGCACGGCACCGGACGCCAAUGUCUCCGCCUCUCCGACCACAGCCGGGGAGGAUCUAGAACACGGGCAUGCACUGCCGUCUACCAAAGGAGAGGAAGAGGAGAACCUGGCACAGGCAGGGAUUAUCCUUGGUCUUCACAACGUUGCCGUGUCGGCACCUCAGAUCCUUUCGAGUCUGAUCUCCAGUGCCAUCUUCAAGGCAUUCCAGAAGCCCCGCGGGGAGCCGUGGGAUGAUAGUAGAGCGAUGGAUUCUGACACAGACCCAGACGAUGCUGAUGCUCCCGAGGCCGGCACCAAGGAGUUCUUCAGCUCCUGGGCGCUCUUCAUUCUAAUCAUGCUGUUGAUGUUUGCGCUAUUCACCAGUUACAUACUGCAGCAGAAAAAGAUCCAAGCAGUCCACGAAACAGUCUUGUCCAUCUUCGCGGGCAUGUUUGUCGGGCUUAUUAUCCGCUUAAGUCCCGAGUCCCCAAUUCAAGACAGUGUUGCGUUUGACUACCAAUUCUUCUUCAAUCUCCUCCUUCCCCCGAUCAUCUUGGCCUCGGGCUACGAAUUACACCAAGCGAACUUUUUCCGAAACAUCGGCACUAUAUUAACCUUUGCAUUUGCCGGCACCUUCAUCUCCGCCAUCGUGCUGGGGCUGAUUCUGUUCGUCUGGACGAGGAUCCCAUUGGAUGGACUUGAUAUGACCUUUGUAGAGGCAAUCUCGGUGGGGGCCACCUUGUCGGCGACGGAUCCGGUUACCAUUUUGGCCAUCUUCAACCUAUACAAGGUCGAGCCAAAGCUCUAUACGGUCAUCUUCGGUGAAUCAAUUCUAAAUGAUGCUAUUGCAAUUGUCCUGUUCGAGACCGCGCAGAAGUAUGCCGAUAGUGAGGCGGGCUCACUAACUUUCUUGAACCUGUUCGAAGCUAUCGGCCUGUUCCUGCUCGUUUUCUUCGGAAGUAUGAUUGUUGGUGUCAUCGUAGGGAUCAUAACCGCCCUAGGCCUCAAAUACACUCAUGUCAGACGCCAGCCGAAGAUUGAAAGCUGCCUGAUCGUGCUUAUCGCUUAUGCCAGCUACUUCUUCUCUAAUGGCGUCUAUCUUUCGGGCAUUGUCUCUCUCUUAUUCUGCGGCAUUACCAUGAAGCAUUAUGCGUACUACAACAUGUCCCGUCGGACGCAGUUGACAACGAAGUAUCUUUUCCAGGUGAUGGCACAGCUAUCAGAGAACUUCAUAUUCAUCUAUCUGGGCUUGGACUUGCUUGUUCAAAGGAACUUGCAAUUUAAGCCAUUGUUUAUCCUUGUGGCCGUUUUCGGCAUCUGUAUCGCCAGAUACCUGGCUGUGUUCCCCUUGUCUCGAGCCAUCAACUGGUUCAUUCGUUAUAGGGCCCGUCGCCGUGGAAUGGAUGUCGCAGAUGAGCUACCGUUCGCUUAUCAAGCCAUGCUCUUCUGGGCCGGUCUGCGUGGGGCUGUUGGUGUCGCCUUGGCCGCCGGUCUCAAAGGUGUCAAUGCCCCGGCACUACGAGCCACAGUUCUCGUAGUUGUCGUAUUGACCGUGAUUAUCUUUGGUGGUACCACAGCUCGGAUGCUCGAGAUCCUCGGCAUCCGGACAGGCGUGGUGGAGGAGAUCGAGUCCGACGAUGAGUUCGACAUCGAGGUCACCAACGGCGGCACGUAUUACAAACGCUCCGAUACAGGCUUGGGAUACACGCCUCGCCGCAUGGAUUCCACCAUUCCUUUAGAUGGCGUCACGCGGGGUGAGCUGGACCGCCACAAUAGCUACUCCAGUGGCAACAACCGUCGGCCCAGUCCCCCACCGUCUGGCUCGCGAGGACAUUCCCGAAUGUACUCGAAUGCCUACAGUCAGCGAGACACUGCUCGCGACCGUUCCUCCACGGCCUCGUUAUUGGGUAGCCGGCCUCGGAGCCAUAGCGAAAGCAGCGCGGCAAGCGAAGAUGAGUUUGGAUUGAAGAACAAUGGCAAGGGUCGUGCGACAGACGCUGACCAGCUCGAGGCCUUCGAUCUCGAUGUGGGUGAUACCCCCUCAGACGACGACCUACCGCCGUCAGCUCCCACGUCUCGACUGCGGCGGUCCCCCUCCCAACCCCAACAGUAUCCGGGCGGAUCCCAGGAUCCAACCCCUGCGACUACUUCUCCUCUCCGACGCGAGACAACAUUGAGCGCCAGGGCUGCAAUCCGCGAUCUCUUUUCGGGGGCGUCUGGGGAUCACGCGGCGUGGUUCCGACAGCUGGACGAGGACUACAUCAAGCCCCGACUUUUGCUGGACCAGUCAAAUCACAAGGGACCUGGAGCAGUCUGA